CUGGCCUUCGGCGGCGCGCCGCCGAACUCAACGGCGAUCUCUUCGCGGCGCCACGUGAACAGUGUGUUCGAGGAGGCGCGCACUGGCAGGAUAAGGAACCCGCAGAUAGUGAAUGACAGAGGCAAAGUGUCCCUGCUGGGACUCUUCGAGCUCAGCACGCGCACGGGAGAGCGUCCCGAGGGACACAGUGAGUUGGCGGCCGCCCAAAUGGCCAUCAGGCACAUCAACAAGCGAGGACUCCUCCCAGGAUACCAGCUGGAGUUGCUGGCUAAUGACACAAAGUGUGAUCCGGGAGUGGGCGUUGACCGCUUCUUCCAUGCUCUGUACACCCAACACUCCACCAGGAUGGUGAUGCUUCUGGGCUCGGCAUGCUCUGAGGUGACCGAGAGUCUGGCCAAGGUGGUGCCUUAUUGGAACAUCGUCCAGGUCUCCUUCGGAUCCACCUCACCCGCCCUCAGCGAUCGAAGGGAGUUUCCGCUGUUCUACAGAACCGUGGCGCCAGACUCGUCGCACAAUCCCGCCCGCAUUGCCUUCAUCAGGCGCUUUGGCUGGGACACGGUGACCACGUUUUCGCAGAACGAGGAGAUUCACUCCUUGGCAGUGAAUGAUCUCGUCACGGAGCUGGAGACGGCCAAUAUUUCCUGUGCAGCGACAAUCACAUUUGCCGAAACUGACUUCAAGGAUCAACUCCGGAUGCUGCGAGAUUUGGACACCAGAAUCAUCAUUGGGAGCUUCUCCAAUGAAUUGGCGCCAAAGAUAUUCUGCGAGGCAUACCGUCUGGGAAUGUAUGGAGCGGAUUAUGCAUGGAUUCUCCACGAGACGCUGGGCCCUCCCUGGUGGCUCCAGUCGCCGACGGCGGAGUGCCAGCAGAAGCACCUGGAGGCCGCCGUGGAGAGUCUUAUCAUCGUGUCCAGUCACAAUAGCAUAGUGGGAAAUUCCGUCAGCUUCAGUGGAUUGACCAACAGGAUGUUCUCGGAGGAGCUCCAGGCCCUCAAGGUGCCCCAGCCGACGUCUCGCUACGCUCCACAGACGUACGACGCCGUUUGGGCGAUCGCCUUGGCGCUCCGCGGAGCCGAGCAGCGCUGGCGGAAUGAAUCUGUCCAGUCAAAGCUCGACGGCUUCGACUACACGAGAUACGACAUGGCCACGGAGUUCCUCAACCAAUUCAGUCGCCUGCAAUUCCUCGGAGUCUCCGGUCCGGUGUCGUUCAGCGGGGCGGACAGGGUGGGCACGUCCGCCUUCUACCAGAUCCAGCGCGGGCAGCUCAAUGCGGUGGCCCUGUACUAUCCCGGCAAGCAGCACCUGGACUUCCAAUGCCCCGAGUGUGUGGCCGUGCAGUGGCAGAGCGGCCAAGUGCCAAUUGCCAAGCGGGUCUUUAAGCUGCGAAUUGCAACAAUUGCUCCCGUGGCGUUCUACACCAUGACCUCGCUGGCGUCCGUUGGCGUAACACUGGCACUGGCUUUUCUCGCCUUCAACCUCCACUUCCGCAAGCUCAAAGCAAUAAAACUGUCGAGUCCCAAAUUGAGCAACAUAACAGCUGUGGGUUGUAUUCUGGUCUACAUGGCAGUGAUUCUCCUUGGGCUCGACUACUCAACACUUCCGGCCACGGAAGUGGCUUUUUCCACUGUUUGCACUGCACGCGUUUAUCUGCUAUCUGCAGGAUUCUCCUUGGCUUUUGGCUCCAUGUUCGCCAAAACGUACAGAGUUCAUCGCAUCUUCACGCGCAGCGGCGGCAGUGUCUGCAAGGACAAAAUGCUUCAGGACACUCAGCUAAUCUCCCUGGUCUGCGCCCUCCUCCUGCUAGACGGACUCGUGGUGACGCUGUGGAUCGUGACGGAUCCCAUGGAGAGGCACUUGAACAAUCUCAGUCUCGAGAUAAGCUCAAUUGACCGGAGCGUGGUGUACCAGCCACAGGUGGAAGUGUGCCGGUCGCAGCACAGCAGCAGCUGGCUGGGCGCUCUGUACGCCUACAAGGGUCUUCUGUUGGUUGUGGGUGUUUACAUGGCCUGGGAGACGCGCCACGUUAAGAUUCCCGCACUCAAUGACUCCCAGUACAUCGGCGUGUCUGUGUAUUCGGUGGUUAUCACGAGCGCCAUUGUGGUUGUCCUGGCAAAUCUCAUCUCAGAACGCGUCACGCUGGCCUUCAUCACAAUCGCCGCGCUGAUUCUCACCUCCACCACGGCCACGCUGUGUCUCCUCUUCCUGCCCAAGCUGUACGACAUCUGGACGCACGGCGAGGACGCGGCGGAUCCCAUCGGGCGCAGCAUGGGCCUGAAGAUGGAGUUCAACACGCGGCGCUUCGUGAUGGACGACCGGCGCGAGCUGCAGUACCGCGUGGAGGUGCAGAAUCGCGUGUAUCGCAAGGAGGUGGCGGCUCUGGAUGCGGAGAUCCUGAAGCUGGAGAAGCUCCUGGAGUCCGCGUCCUCCACCACGUCUUCCAACAUGUCCCUGGGUCGCCAUAUGAAGACCGAGCUCACUGUCGUCAACGAGGGCGUCACGCCGCCGAAGCCCAGGACGCCCAGCAUCGGCGGAGGACUUCCGCUGCUGCUCCUGUCAGUCCUGCCGCCCGUCAUUCCCAGGGCCAGCUGGCCAUCGGCAGAUCACAUGCAAGCUCCAAUGCGGCGCUCGGUCACCUUCAGCUCCCAACCGCAACUGGACGAGCCCUGUGGCAGCACAACCAUCCGCCUGCCCGCCAUUGACCUCCUCAAUCUGCGGCUCACGCAUCAACAGGCCACGGCGGAGCGCUCGGGGCUGUUGAACAGGAUCCGAGGACUCUUCCUCAGCUCUCGCCCGCCCAGCAGGAAAACCUCCACCAUCUCAAUCGGCGGACAGGCGGGCGGAAGUGGAACUGGGGGCGGAAUUGCCGCUGCCCUGAAGGCGCACAUGGGUCUGCUGAGCGGACUUGUGCCGUCGGGCGGAGGCACUUCCUCCUGCCAGGCGCUGAACACCGCCGGAAGCGGUUUCAGGGCGAUGCGGAGGACUUCCUUGGCGCGCAGCGGUGGCUCACUGCACACUUCGCAUGCCGACGAGGCGCCCUACAUGCGGCCGAGACACAGAAAGUUCACGCCGCCGGCAUUCAUCAUUAGCGGCUCAGUGCCGCUGGACAAUCACACGCCACCACCAGAGCUAGAGGAGAUCAAUGGCUCGGAGCCCAGGGUGAACUUCCAGCUGCCCGGCGGCCGGAGGCCCUCCAUCGUGCACCAGACGUCGCAGCCCACGCUGAGGGAGAGAGUGAAGGGUUCGCCGCGCUUCCCGCACAGGAUCAUCCCCACCGCCAGCCUGAGUGCUCUGCAGGAGUCAAACGGUGGAAACUUGGCUGAUUCGACACAUCAUCAGGCUAAGUGGAAAUCGAUGGAGGAGUCAACAUUCAAUUACAGCUCCAGCAAUCACGCCACUCGUCCUCUCACCUUCCUCACGUCCUGCCAAGGCGCUUCCGGUGCGGCCGAAGACGCCACCAGUCAGGAUAAUUGCCCCCAGCGCGACGCCGUGGAGGAGGAGGAAGUGGCUGCAAUCUAAUCGUGUGCCAUCAUUUCCC